GGAUCCCAGUAAGACAAAACCCGGCGUCAUUUUGGCUGAAAAUUUUAUGAAAAUUUCUGAAAAUCAGAUGAAGACAAGAGUUCAGAGACUGUCUUUACUAAUACUAUCAUAACAUCAUUGGUUACACAAAAGCACCAAGUACAAAUAGGAUACAACUGCUCAUGUACGACAAGGGCGGUCGAGGUGAACAUUUCGGUCAAAGGAAUGUUGAAAAGAUGGCCAACAUGGACUGGCAGCAAUGGAACUAUCGAUGCUUUUCUCUUAAACACGAUAACCUAACAGACAUCCAGUAUGUCACACCCUAUGGUACAGACGUGUAUUUUGUCCUUGUUUUUGACAUAGGUUUUGAAAUAGUUGAAUACAAACAUCCCCUUGUUCAAGUGUAUGGCACACAGAACGAUAACGCUAUACUCUUAUGGAAUCCAGCCAAUGAAUUAGAGAAAAGGUAUGUUAAGCCAUGUGUUAGUACUAUAAACCGCACAGAACUAUCCCAAAAUACGAAACAAUAUUGCAUUCAAAACAAGAAUGAUUUGAAACUAGCAGAUAGCUGUCGUAAACCUAAAUGUCGAAUUGUUUCAAGUGAUAAUUGCAACCCCAAUUCGAAAGAACAAGAUAAUGAAGCAUACAAUAAUUCACACGAAUACCAAAAUACAGCUAUCAGUGUUGAAGAACUAGAAAUGAGUAACAUUCAAUUGCUUGACGAACAUCAAGAUCAGCCUCCAACUACUUCGGCGGCCCAUUGUUUUAACGAAAAUGAAAACUCAAUUUUCUAUGAUCGACAAGGUCAUACUAAAUCCUCCGAUGACGCUCUUAUCGACAAAAUAAAGGAAUUGACUAGCGAUUUUUUAACCGAAGAUCCACAAACAUGCACAGUGGAAGUGGAAAAUUUGGAAACAACUACUUGUUAUCAAGAAUUAAGAAUAAAUGGUGUCAGUGACGCAUCUUCAGUUACAGAGCACAGACUUGUUGAGGGUAGAGAAACACAUAUAAUAAUUGAUUGCGAUAGACUGAAAACUGUAAGCAACGAUAGCAAAAGUACUACUGAACGGCAAAUAGAAGGAACUGUAAAUAUUGGUACACGUAGUCGGUCGUCUCUUCCAGAGACAAUUCAGUAUCCGGAUGUGCGCAAUUCAUAUCUUACUGACUCAAAUGAUAUAAAUAUACGAGCUGUAAAACAGCAUAGUAAUGAUACACUGGAAGAUCAUUUGCCGCUUGAUGUUAAUGACUCUCGUGUGCUAAGUAACGACUCUGUACCACGAACUUUGUAUCGAAACAGCGAGGUUCCCCAGAAUGGCUCAAGAUCAACUGACUGUGAUCAUGAUUAUAAUGCAAGCAAACUGAAGCAGCAAAGUGUAUCAGCUGGUUUAACAUGUAGUGUAGUUCAUUUACAUGAACAAAACCCCGACCAACCAGCUAUACUUAAAGACGCAAUAAAGAAACUAUCGAAUGAUACAGAACGCGUUGUAGUGCCUCGUGAUUGGGUGGUUCUACCAGCCGUACAAAAUGACAUUGAAGAACUGCGGCGUAUUGUUGACAAAACGGUUCAAGGCGAACCGGUCCCCGCUCAAGAAAGCAUGCGCUUUGAACUUUUGCGCAGUUGCACGUACAGGACAUUUCCAAAAGAUGGCAAACCUGACGUCAGGAAGUUGGCUGAAGCUGGCUUUUAUUAUGCCUCUAAUAGUGAUGAAGUUAUUUGCUAUUGCUGUUAUAAACGAAUUAGCAACUGGAAAGCAGACGAUGAUCCUAUGGCUAUCCAUCGGAGAAUUUCGCCAGAAUGUCGAUUUUUUACUGACACAGCGACCGUAAAUGUAACAAAAGAACGUACAGCACAAGUUGAAUCAGAAAUCAUGGCAAAAAUCCAAGGCGGGCGUCAAAGAAAUACCAUCACACAAAGUGCACCAUUUCAAACCAGAAAAGAUUCUCAAAGUCCAAGGAAUAUUGCAGAUGCAGGUGUUUCUUUGCGUCAAAGUCAACCAGCACGAGCUCAUGGUCAGUUUGCAAUGGCCCACAGUGGCGAAACAUCUUUACCCAUGCAUCAGCCGCCGGUUAACACGCGAGACUCUACGAAAUAUCUGUCCAUGAUGCCACAAAUUGCACGGAAUGAAACCGCGUCACCAAACAGGUCGCAUUUCCAGACAGGCGUUUUUGUGCCUCAGGACAAUUUUAGGGUUCCUGUGAUCGAUACUAGAGCUGUGCAACCAUCCGACGACACCCCAGGACAAGAUGCCGUCAUUGACGAACAUGUUCGAGAAUCGCUUUUCCGCAUAGAGGAAGUCUCAACGUCUGUAGCCACCUCAUCAGCACGUGCAGAAACAUCUCGUCCAACAACGGAACGGCCUGAAAGAGGUUUAGACUCUUUGAUAAGGUCAGAUGCAUCUGUGCUCGUUCAGGGCAUGGGCUACGAGUUACCAAUUGUCAGACGAGCGCUUAUAAAUCUACUUGAUAGAGGUCAGACACGCCCCGACGCACAGGAAAUAAUGAACGAAAUAUUCCAAAUAGAAGAUGGAACAACGAAUUAAUAUUUUGAAAUAAUUAACGGACUAAUUAAUAUUUUGUGCGUGCGUGUUUCCGAAAUUUACAAUUUAAUUAAAACGAUGUCACAUAUUUAUAUCAGAAUGUAUGCAUGUAUUCAAAGAAUCAAAUGUAAAAUUUGAUUUGUGAUACUUCAGUAAUAUUAUAUUUAACCAGGUUUUCCGAAGGAAAAAACUGGUUAUAAGAUUGGCGAAUGCGGGCGGGCUGGCUGGCGGGCUGGCGCGCGGGCGGAACAAGCUUGUCCGGGCAAUAACUAUGUCGUUCAUUGUCAGAUUUUCAAAUCAUUUGGCACAUUUGUUCACCAUUAUUGGACGGUGUGUCGCGCGAAAUAAUUACGUCGAUAUCUCCAAGGUCAAGGUCACACUUUGAGUUCAAAGGUCAAAAAUGGCCAUAAAUGAGCUUGUCCUGGCCAUAACUAUGUCAUUCAUUGUGAGAUUUUAAAAUCAUUUGGCACAUUUGUUCACCAUCAUGGGACGGUGUGUCGCACGAAAGAAUCACGUCAAUAUCUCCAAUGUCAAGGUCGCCACGACUAAAAAUAGAUUUUUUUUAAAAACAAACUUACAAAGGGGGUUAAUUUUGUUUGUUCAUUUCAAAAGUUCAGUUUGAGUUUUCUCCCUUUAUCAGAUUUUUUUUUCACAAUGAAAACCUGGUUUUGUGACAAUUUUGUCCCUUGUUUAGGUUGGUUUCGUUUAUAGUUUUGUUUGAUCUAUAAAAUAUGUCCAUUUGGUAUUUUGUCAUUUUGCACAAUUGUGGUGUCAAAUUCAAAGUUGAUACUUUAGUUAUUGCAAUUUCACUUAUUUUAAAAUGCCUUUGUUUAUUACACGUGCAUUUGGCAUAUACAUCAGUAUGUCUGCAUGUCAGCUUAUAUAUAUUUACAGUGUAAAUAUAUUAUAUAACAAGUA